CAGGGGAUCCCAUCCCGUUUUUAUAGGGGCACUGACCGUUUUGCAGAGUGAACAGUCUUCUUCUUCGUUUGAGUCAUAUCUCUCCUAGCAAAUCAAUUCCAAUAGCUCGUGGUCCUUUCCUAAACGAGAUUAAUUGGUCCUUUCCUAAACGAGAUUAAUUCUUAUCCAAAUUUCUUUUGUUGCCAAGAAUUAGAUUUAUUCUUAAUUUAUCAGUGAAGAUUCCAGCGUUCUGGGCAAUCCGAGGCUCUGAGUUCAUUUUUCACCACAUUCGUCGAUGUUCUUCUAAUUCGUAUGCAUGUAUGUGUAAUGCACGUGUAUUUCCUAUCAAAUUCCGUAUUUUUUCACUUGCAUUUUCAACCCCGGCUUUGUAUCUGCUUCGCCGAUUUGUAGGUCCGGCGAGAUUUUGAUGAAUUGAGAGUAUAUUUACUCUUAUUUGUUUAAUUCCGGUAGAUGUAGUGGAGCGCGGUUCCCAAUUGGGCUCAGAGUUGAGUUGCGUUUUUUUUUUAAUUUUAUUUUUUAUGAAUAUAUAUGAUUUCGCCGGUGUUCAUUCGAAAUUUGUAAAAUCCAAAAAAGGAAAAGAUAGACUGUAGGAGAAAUUAGGUAUCUUUUUAACUUUGUGCUAAAUAAGUUGUGAUAUUUCCAGUGUCUUGGCUUAUUUGGUAUAUUCCCUUCCAAAUUUAGUUUAUGAAUGUUGAAUUUGCAUAGAGGUUAGUGUUGCACAUAAUUGCAAGUUUGCAACCCUUUAGGUGUGUGUCUGCCUCUAGCUGUCAUAAGAACUCUUCCUUUCAUUUGAGUUGUAUUUUGGUAGUGGCUUUCGACUAGAUUGAUAGUAGUCUCAUGGAUGGGAUUUGGGAUUACAUGGAGCUGAUGGGAACUCAUGUGAAGCAUAAUUCUCGAAAAGAAACUGAUGUUGGCGGCUUUAAAGCUAAGAAGCAUGUGAAGAAGAUGUAUGAAGCACUGAAGAAUGGUAGACACCAGGUUACGCAAUCUGGCCAGGCUUACACGUGCCCGUACUGCCCUGAGAAAAGGGGAGGGUCCUUCCGGUACACAGACCUUCUGCAGCAUGCAACUUCCAUUGGAAGUUGCAAUUCGAAGAAAAGGACUGAAAAGAACAAGGCCAAUCACCGUGCACUGGCUAAGUACUUGGCAAAGGACACAGCUGCGGGAGCAGGCCCUUCAAAGCCUUCAAAUGAGGUAAAUGUCCUUGCAGGCAUUGACCAUCGUGAGGUAUUGGUAUGGCCUUGUAUUGGAAUAAUUGUCAACAUUCCUACUAGCUUUAGCAAUGGUAGUUGGGAGAGUGGUAGUAGUUACUUAAGAGAUCAGUUGGUAAGUAAAGGAUUUUUUCCCACCCGUGUGCUACCCUUGUGGAAUCACCAAGGCCAUUCUGGAACUGCAUUUGUUGAAUUUGAUAUGAAUUUUACUGGAUUUACCAAUGCAUUGUCUUUUGAGAAAGAUUAUGAGGCUAAUCAUCUUGGAAAGAAGAAAUGGCUGGCAGACAAUUCCAAGAAGCCUGAUCUUUAUGCAUGGCUAGCCCGCAUAGAUGAAUAUACUUCUAAUAAUGUUGUUGGAGAAAAUCUACGGAACAUUGCAUGUCUUAGAGCUGUAUCAGUUAUUGUGGGAGAAGAAGCUCGAAGAACCACCACGUGCCCCUACUGCCCUGAUACAAGAAUGCGAGACUUUGAUUAUACUGAUCUUUUGCAGCAUGUGAGUUCAAUAGGCAGGUGUAACUCUAAGAAAAGGACAGCAACAGACAAGGCAAAUCACUUUGCAAUGGCUACGUACUUGGAAAAGAACGUAGUUUCUGUAGCUGGCCCUUCAUUGGCUUCACCAGAGGUAGAUGCUCUAGCACUGGCUAAUCACUUGAAAAGUGAAGAAGCCACCGGCACUUCAGAGCCUUGUGACGAGGUAGAUGUCCUUGCAGACCAUGACCAUUAUGAGAUGUUUGCCUGGCCAUGCAUUGGGAUUAUUGUCAAUAUUCCAACUAGCUUGAGCAAUGGUCGUUAUGUGGGGGAGAGUGGUGGUGAAUUGAGAGACCAGUUGGCAAAGAGAGGAUUUAAUCCAACCAGAGUUCGACCUUUGUGGAAUCACCAAGGCCAUUCAGGAACUGCACUUGUUGAAUUUUGUAUGGAUAUGACUGGAUUUACUAAUGCCAUGUCUUUUGAGAAAGAUUAUGAGUAUAACCUUCAUGGGAAGAAAAAUUGGCUGGAGAACAACGCCACAAAAUCAGAUCCUCAUGCAUGGGUAGCUCGCGCAGAUGAAUACAAUUCUAAUAGUGUUGUUGGAGAAAAUUUACGCAAGAUUGCACAUCUUAGAGCCUUAUCAGAUAUUAUGGGAGAAGAAGCUCGAAGGACCACUACAUGCCCCUACUGUCCAAGCACAAGAAGACGAGACUUCAUUUAUAAAGAUCUUUGGCAGCAUGCAAAUUCAAUAGGCAGUUGCAAUUCAAAGAAAAGGACAGAAAGAAACAAGGCAAAUCACCUUGCACUGGCUAAUUACUUGGAAAAGGACAUAGUUAUUGGAGCUGGCCCUUCAAAUCCUUCUCCAAAAGUAGAUGUCCUUACGUUGGCCAAGUCUUUAAAAACUGAAAUAUCUGCUAGAGCCGGCCCUUCAAAUCCUUAUGGCGAGGAAGGUGCUGCAAACCAUGAAUAUAAUGAGUUGUUUGUCUGGCCAUGGGUUGGCGUUGUUGUAAACAUUCCAACUAGCUUUAGCAAUGGUUGUCAUGUGGGGGAGAGUGGUAGUAAAAUGAGGGAUCAGCUGGCUAGUAGAGGGCUUAAUCCAACUAGAGUAAGAACUUUGUGGAACAAUGGAAGUCAUUCUGGAACUGCAAUUGUUGAAUUUCGUAAGGAUUGGCUUGGAUUUACCAAUGCCAUGUCUUUUGAGAAAGAUUAUAUGGCUGAUCAUCAUGGAAAGAAAAACUGGCUGGCAAAGGAUGAGAAGAAAUCUGAUCCAUAUGCAUGGAUUGCUCGUGCAGAUGAUUAUUUGUCAAAUGACAUUGUUGGAGAGCAUCUUCGAAAAAUUGGCGAUCUUAGAACCAUUUCAGGUAUUAUGGAAGAAGACGUUCGAAUGACCAACAAGCUUAUCCACAAGUUAACAAAUGCUAUUGAGGCAAAGCAAUUGCUCUUGCUAGAGAUGGAGAGUAGAUUAAAGGAGACAGAAACCUCUCUGCACCAAUUGAUCAAGGAAAAUGAUAAUACUCGUCAAGCUCACAAUGAAGAGAUUAAAAAGAUUGAGUCAAGUGCCCGAAAUCAUUUUCAAAGGAUAUCCAAUGAUCAUGAGAAGCUUAAAUCUCAGCUGGAAAUUCAAAAGAGAGAUCUUGAGCUCCGAGGUCAAGAACUGAUGGAACGGCAGAGACACAACGAAAUCGAGAGGAAAAAGCUUGCUGAAGACCUUGAACAGAAUGCAGUGAAAAAUUCAUUCAAUCAAGCUGCUGCUGUGGUACAAAGGAAGGUGGAUGAAAAAGUAAUGAAGUUGGCUGAGGAACAAAAGAAACAAAAGGAGGAGCUCCGUAAGAGAAUUAUUUUACUGGAGAAACAACUAGAUGCGAAACAAGCAUUAGAGCUUGAGAUUGAGCAGUUGAGGGGAAACUUGAAUGUCAUGAGACACAUAAAAUAUGAAGGUGGUGUCGAAGUGUUAGAUGAAGUUGAUUUGAUCCUCAAGGCCAUGAGAGAGAAGGAGAGAGAGCUUGGAGAUUUGGAAGCAAUAAACCACACUUUAGUUGUGCAGGAGCGCAAGAAAAAUGACGAGCUACAGGAUGCACGUAAAGAAUUGGUUAAUGGCCUGAAAGAUAUGUCAAUAAAUGCUCAUAUUGGUGUCAAGAGAAUGGGGGAGCUUGAUAGCAAGCCAUUUCACGAUGUAAUGAAAAGGAUUUAUGGUGACACUCAAGCAGACGAAAUGGCAACAGAGCUAUGCUCGCUGUGGGAGGAGUAUCUUCGAGAUCCUGAAUGGCAUCCUAUAAAGGUGGUCUACAUUAACGGCAAGCAUCAGGCUGUGAUAAAUGAAGACGAUGAAAAGCUGAGAGACCUGAGAGAACAUUAUGGUGACAAAGUUUGCAAUGCUGUGACAGCAGCUCUCUCUGAGAUAAACGAAUACAACCCGAGCGGGAGGUACGUUACAUCAGAACUGUGGAACUACGAAGAAGGUAGGAGAGCUUCCCUCAAGGAAGGAGUCGGGGUUCUGCUCAAGCAUUGGAGGUCCUACAGGCGAAAGAGGGGGAUGGAGUGAUAGGGUUGGAACAUGUUGUUGUACUUUUAGUAGCUUAGAGUUGUUCCAUUCAUUUUCAGCCGUAGCACGGUGGAACCCGGGGGGGGGGGGCACGAGGGUCUGCUCAGCCUUGACUUGAAUGAGCAUGGCUUUUUAGUCAUGGUAGAAAAUGAAUUGGGGAUGAUGUUAAACAAAUAAAAUGCUAUACAAAAUAAAGAAUAAUCUGACUUUCAUGUUAGUGUAAAA